AAGGAAGGAAAAGUCACAGCCCCAUGAAGCGUCAGCGAAAGGCUCAGAGAGUACAUGUGGGCUAUGAGGCCUCAGAUAGUGAGAAGGGUGAGGGGGCUGAGCCCCUCAAGGUUCCAGUCUGGGAGCCCCAGAACUGGCAGCAGCAGCUGGCUAACAUCAGAGCCAUGAGGAGCAAGAAGGACGCACCCGUGGAUCAGCUGGGGGCCGAGCACUGCUAUGACCCCAGCGCCCCCCCGAAGGUGCGGAGGUACCAGGUACUGCUGUCGCUGAUGCUCUCCAGCCAGACCAGAGACCAGGUGACAGCAGGGGCCAUGCAGCGGCUGCGGGCGCGGGGCCUGUCGGCCGACACCAUCCUGCAGAUGGAUGACGACACUCUGGGCGAGCUCAUCUACCCUGUGGGCUUCUGGAGGAGCAAGGUGAAGUACAUCAAGCAGACCAGCGCCAUCCUGCAGCAGCGCUACGCAGGGGACAUCCCAGCCUCUGUGGCCGAGCUGGUGGCACUGCCAGGGGUUGGGCCCAAGAUGGCACACCUGGCCAUGGCCGUGGCCUGGGGCACCGUGUCGGGCAUUGCGGUGGACACACACGUGCACAGAAUCGCCAACCGGCUCAAGUGGACCAAGAAGACAACCAAGUCCCCCGAGGCAACCCGGGUGGCACUGGAAGAGUGGCUGCCCAGGGGGCUGUGGAGCGAGAUCAACGGGCUGCUGGUGGGCUUCGGCCAGCAGACCUGCCUGCCCGCCCGCCCCCGCUGCCACACCUGCCUCAACCAGACCCUGUGCCCCGCUGCCCAGGGCCUCUGAGCACCGUUGGCCACUGUGGGGCGAGGGCCCCUGCCUGGGAGCCACAGCUGUUCAAUAAAGCCUGGGAGUUGUGUGCA